AUGGUGAAGAAAAAAACCAUUGAAAUUCAAUUAAGGAGUUCAACACCAAAGAAGUUAGCUAGAGCAUCAGCAGAGCCAAAUGUUACUCCAAGACUUAUUUCUAAAGCUACGAAUAAUCUGAAUUCAAGUUCUAGAAAUGUUGUCCUAGAUUUUGGUGAUGAUCCUAAGCCAACACAGCCAACUCAAGCAAGUGGUGGUGACAAUUUACAUGUGGGAGGCAGUCAAGGAAUUGUUGAUCUUCAAAAUGAUGUGGAACAAGCUCGUUUCUGGACAAAAGCUUCAAAAAAAGUCAUUAAUUUAGAGGAAGCUUUUAAGGCAAUGCAGGAGUCAGUUUGUAAUUUGGAAAAUUGGGGAGAGGACGAAUGUCAUCCUGAAGAUGCACCAUGGACUCAACCACUUUUAUAUAGUGAGAGUGAAGAUGCUAAGGAGUGGUCUGAGUUCUGUAAUAACUUUAAGGAAGUUGGUCCUGGUGGUCCUUCUGUGCGAGGUGACCGAUAUGAAUUUGGUGACCAAGAAGGCAUUAAUGAAGACGAUGGAUACGAGCAGUUGUUGGAGACGGACGAUGAAGCUGAAGCCAACCAUUGUGAUCAAUGCUCCGAUACUCAUGAGGAAACCGGGAAGGCCUAGAGUGAAUAGGAGGAGGAGCUACGAUGAAUCACAAUCUAAGAAGAAACCUAGGUCCUGUAGCAAGUGCAAACAAACUGGUCACAACAAAACUACUUGUGGGGGUGGCGCAGUUGGUUUAAAUCCGAAGGCAAAGAGACUUAGAACUGAGGUAGAUGGUCAGACUUUCACAAGCAUUAACUAUAAUCACGGUCAAAGCCGCACUGGAAAACGUAAGAAUAAUGGCAACAACAACAUUAAUCUUGCUGAAUCUUCACAACCUGGAGGAUCACUAGUUGAUUAAUGGGGAAAGCGUUUAUCAUUAGUUUCAGUUUUUAUUCAGUAGGACUUCGUAAGACUUCUGUUUGUUGCAUGUUUUAUUUGGUUGUUUUAAGAUUUCUGUUAGAGGAUCUUGGGGAGUUUUUUUUCCGCUUUUUCUCGAUCAAUCCCUCUUUUAGGAAUUAGGUUUUGUAUUUUUCUUAUCUCAUUAUUUAGUAUCUUCAUAUCAAAACUACUUGUUUUAGAAUAUGUCUAUCUACUUUUAUUUACAAUUACUUUUAUUUACAAUUUUCAACUGAGUUCGG